UACAGAAAACAGCAAGGAACAUGAGAAAUUGCAGCAAAGCAUUGACUUUUAAUCUUAAUGUCCUCCAAUUGGCAGAUGGGUUAUUAGAUUACCACUAGCCUUAUCACAGAGAUUGAAAUCAGUGAAUGCUGUUAUCACUGCUGUUUUUUGAUGCUGCUUCUACAGAGUUUCUAAAGCAAUUCAAUGGUGAAUCAAUCUGAACUGUCUGAAUUUGUCCUGAUCGGAUUUCCUGGACUCCCACAGAAGUUCCAUCAAUUGGUUUCAGUAACAAUGUUCCUGGUCUACACUACAGCACUGUUGGCAAAUGGCACCGUAAUACUUCUGAUUGCUUUUAGAGAACAUUUACACCAUCCAAUGUAUCUCAUCAUAUGGAAUCUUGCCCUUUCUGACCUCACUUUUGACACAGUUACUUUGCCUAAAACCAUCGCCAUGUAUUGGUUUGCAGAUGGGAAGAUAUCCUUUGUGGCAUGCAUGCUCCAGUCAUUCUGUGUCAAUUAUUUGGCUUCUUUUGAUUCUUUCAUUAUCAUGCUAAUGGCUAUUGAUCGUUAUGUUGCAAUUUGUAAGCCACUGAGAUAUUCUUCAAUAAUCACCAAUAAAAUUACUAUUUAUCUCUGUUGCCUUUUGUGGCUCAUUGCAGUAUUUAUUGCAAUUGCAAUAGUUUUUUUAGUAUCACAACUUCCAUAUUGUAUCCUAAAAUACAAAAUCAACCACUGUUAUUGCAAUAUUUCAACGAUGCUUUCAAUAGCGUGUGUUGACUCGUUUCCUAUAACAAGAGUGGCUUUCACCCUUGCAAUGAUUGUGCUCCUGAUACCCUUGACUUUUAUAAUAUUUUCAUAUGUUGUAAUAAUAAGGACCAUCAGUUCUUCCAGGAGCUCAGAAAACUGGCAGGCAGCAUUUUACACCUGCUCUACACACUUGUUUAUCAUUGGCAUGUUCUUUAUCCCUCGAUUAUUCUAUUUUACAGCUAAUCAACUUCGUUUGAUUCUUAAUGCCGAUUUACCUGUCUUGCUUCAGGGUCUGUACUCCUUUGUUCCACAUCUUGUCAGCCCCAUUAUAUAUUGUCUGAGGACAAGAGAAAUUAAAAGGACCCUUAGUAAUAUAUUCAAGAUAACCAGUGGGGAAUCCAGUGUUAGAUUUAAACAUUGA